CUCCGCCACUAGCUUCAAUUCAACUCCCUGUGGACAGGCUCGAGUCGGCUCCAGCCCAGAUCUUCUUCGCUACUCACCUCACUUCCAUUCUUCAUUCUUCCCAGUUGUGGACUGGUGCAUCCUUUUCGCCGACUGAUUCUCCAAUUCCCUUUCCAUUUUCUUUCCUACUUCUUUCUCCCUGCUUUGGGCAUUUCCUUCCCUCGUAAUCUCCGCGAAGAAGAGUGACCCGCUACCUCAGUGCGUGGAUCGCACUUUUUCCCUCACAUGGACAACGCGGCCGAUAGUGAUAUGCUCGUCGACGAAUAUGAGCAGUAUCACCAAGACAGAACCGACGAUGUCGUCGUCUCCCGCUCCGGAUCGGACGAACCGGAGUCGGAGCCCUCCGCGGAUGACCAUGCAGCAAUGAUGGCUCGGGUCCUCCCGAAAGACCCGGAUUUGGAAAUUGAAGAUGAGACAUAUCACACAUGGCAUAUCCAGGAUUGGCGGAAGUUGAAGAAGAAGGAGCACGGCCCGGUCUUUCAGUGCGCGGGCUUCCCUUGGCGGAUCCUGUUCUUCCCCUAUGGAAACCAUGUUGAGCAUGCCUCAUUCUACCUGGAGCAUGCUUGGGACGGCGAACCGCCGGCAAACUGGUACGCCUGCGUGCAGUUUGCACUCGUCCUCUCGAAUGUGAACGAUCCCUCCAUCUACGUUCACCACGUCGCGACCCACCGGUUCCAUGCGGAGGAGGGAGACUGGGGCUUCACUAGAUUUUGCGAACUGCAUAGACUUUUCAGCCGGCCGUGGGAGGGGCGUGGUGUGCCUCUUGUGCAGAAUGAUGAAGCUAGAGUCACGGCCUACGUGCGUGUGGUCAAGGACCCGACGGGUGUCUUAUGGCACAACUUCCAGAAUUAUGACUCGAAGAAGGAAACCGGCAUGGUUGGUUUGAAGAACCAAGGAGCAACAUGUUACCUCAAUUCGCUCUUGCAGUCCUUGUAUUUUACCAAUCGAUUUCGCAAGGCCGUCUACGAAAUCCCAACCGAGGCUGAGGCCUCACGUGACAACAGCGCUUGGACACUUCAGAGGUUGUUCUUUAACCUUCAGACCUGCGAGAACUCGGUGUCCACCACGGAGCUGACCGCAUCUUUCGGCUGGGAAUCUCGGCAGAUCUUCGAACAACAAGAUGUCCAGGAGUUGUCGAGAAAGCUCAUGGAGAGACUGGAGGAAAGGAUGAAAGGCACGCCGGCCGAGAAGGCGCUGCCGGAGCUUUUCGUUGGAAAAACGAAAACCUACAUUUCCUGUAUCAACGUUGACUACGAAUCGUCGCGCGUGGAAGAUUUCUGGGAUAUCCAGCUGAAUGUUCGCGGCAACAAGACGCUCGAUGAUAGUUUCAAGGACUACAUUCAAGUGGAAACCCUGGAAGGAGAGAACAAGUACGAUGCUGGUCAACCCUACGGUCUCCAAGAUGCCAAGAAGGGUGUCAUCUUCGAGAGCUUCCCUCCGGUCCUACACCUUCACUUGAAGCGCUUCGAGUACGAUAUCAACCGCGAUGCUAUGAUGAAGAUUAAUGACCGUCACGCUUUUCCUAUGGAGUUUGAUGCCACUCCAUACCUCUCCAAUGACGCCGACAAGUCCGAGCCCUGGAUUUACGAGCUGCACGGUGUGCUGGUUCACAGCGGCGAUUUGAAUGCCGGCCACUAUUACGCCUUCCUCAAGCCUACCAAGGACGGGUUCUGGUACAAGUUCGACGAUGACCGCGUGACUCGGGCUACGGACAAGGAGGUGCUGGAGGAGAACUAUGGAGGCGAAUAUGAGCUGGCCAACGGAGCAGCUGGAGUCAGACAACCCUACACUCGUGGCUUGUCUACGAAACGCUCAAUGAACGCCUACAUGCUGGUCUAUAUUCGCAAGACCAGACUGGACGAUGUGCUUUUGCCCAUCACCAAGGAAGACGUUCCUUCCCACAUCGAAAAACGUCUCGUGGAGGACCGGGCGGAGCAACUUCGCCGGAAGAAAGAGAGGGAAGAGGCCCACCUCUACAUCAACGUUGGGGUGUUGACCGAAGAGACUUUCCAGGCUCACCACGGAUUCGAUUUGACAAGCAAUGACUUGCCCGCCGACGAUCCUGCACUCCCGACGCAGUACAAGGUAUUGCGGGCUAAGAAGGUCGGUGAAUUCGCAGAGCAGCUGGCAGAAGAGAGGGGCCUCAACCCUACUCACGUCCGCUUCUGGGUUAUGGUCAACCGCCAAAAUAAGACCACCCGUCCUGACCAGGUCAUUCCGGAUCCUAAGAUGACUCUUGAGGAAGCUUACAACCGGUUCAGCACCAAAGGCAACCCUUUCAAGGUGUUUAUGGAGGUUGGCAAGCCAUCAGCCGAUGGAACUGUGACCUGGCCCGAUAAAGAAUCGAUCCUGGUCUUCCUCAAGCAAUUCGAUGCCCCUACGCAGACACUGAGCGGCGUGGGUCCCGUGUAUGUCCGCAAAACGCAGAAAGUGAACGAACUUGCCCCCGUCAUUCUCGAACGGAUGGGCUGGCCCGUUGGUACCGAGUUUAUGCUGUAUGAAGAGAUCAAGCAUAACAUGAUCGAGGUCAUGAAGCCCAAGCAGACCUUCCAGCAAUCUGAGAUUCAGGAUGGCGACAUCCUCACCUUCCAGAAGCAGAUCAAGGAGUCUGAACUGCCACCAACAGCAUUGUACACAGACGCGAAGCAGUUCUACGAUUACCUACUGAACAAGAUCACCGUCACCUUCGCUCCGCUGAAAUCCGAGGAGGGUGACGAAUUCACCCUUACUCUGAGCCGAAAGAUGACUUAUGACCAGUUCUCGAAGAAGGUUGGCGAGCAUCUGAACGUGGAGCCCACGCACAUUCGCUAUGCGCCGGUCUUGGCAAGCACCGGCAAACCUAAGCAGUUCAUCAAGCGGAACCCCAACCAGAACAACCAGACGCUGUACCACAUCCUCAGCGGGCAGAUGUCCACUUAUGGGUACAGCAUGCAUCGCCAGGACGCCCUGUACUAUGAGGUGCUAGAAACAAGUUUGAGCGAUUAUGAGUCGAAGAUCUGUCUCAAGGUUACGUGGCUUCCGGAAGGCAUCACAAAAGAGCAAGUCGUGGAGGUUCUCGUUCCCCGCGAUGGUACCAUUGCCGACGUCAUUGCCGGCGUGCAGAAGAAGGCCAAUUUGGAGGACGACGGAGACAUCCGUGUAUAUGAAACUCACGGAGGCAAGAUCUACCGGGAGUUCCAACCGGACUCGAAGAUCGCGGGUAUCAACGAAUUUGUGACCCUCUAUGCGGAGAAAUACCCCGAGGAGGAGCUCAACAUGCAAGAGGGCGAGCGGACCCUCAACGCGUUCAACUUCGACCGGGAGGUCAGCCGACCGCAUGGCGUGCCCUUCAAAUUUGUCAUGAAGCCAGGCGAGAUCUUCAAGCAGACCAAGGAGCGUCUUUCUAAACGAACUGGAAUUAAGGGCAAGCAAUUUGAGAAGAUCAAGUUUGCUGUUGUGCCUCGGAACAUGUAUACCAACCUACGAUACCUUGAGGAUGAUGAUAUCCUUUCCGACGUCGUCGGUGACUCGGACGACCUUCUGGGUCUCGAGCAUGUAAAUAAGAACCGCAGCUUUUGGAGCCGGAGCGAGUCAUUCUUCAUUCGAUAGAUAUGAGGCUUGUUUUGAUGGUAUUGCUUAUCCUUUGCCUGUUUUUGCUGGACAAAGUCCUCUUCAGUUGACUGGGGCUCAUCGGGUUAUCAGACUUGACCAACUAGCAGCCCCUGGUCGCGAAGAGUUGAAACUUUAUAGUUAUGUUAUAUGCCUACGAACAGUGCGGAUGUUUCAUAUCCUUGCGAUGGCAGUCUUGUUGUCUGUUACUUUAGGUAGAAGGGCGGGCCUAGCAGCCGUAGUCCCCCAAGGUCGCUCUAGUCAGU